AUGUUUGGUAUUUUCAACUCCUUUGUAGGCUCCAUCUACCCCGUGUUCGCCUCCUAUAAGGCCUACGACGAUUACGCCCGUGUGGCGUCUCUGUCUGCUGCUUCCUCGGUCCAGAUAGGCAGCGUUUCCAUCCCAUUGGGCACAAUGCUUAAACGUGCUACUGCUGGCGCCGAUGGGUCUGUUGAGGAAGACUACUUGAACUCGCGUUUGCUUACGGUCCAGAUGUGGUUGAUUUAUUGGAUUGUCCAUGUGAGCAUUGGCGUGGCCGAGCUGAUGCUCUUCUUGACGUGGUUGCCGCUCUACUCGCUGUUUAGACUUCUUGUGUCUGCGUGGCUCAUUCUGCCUAUUGUGUUGAGCUCGUUGCGUCUUAACAGAACCAAGGCAUUGACGCCUGCUGAGGUGCAACAGGAGUGGGUUGGUUUCUCCAGCCAGGGCUGCGGGCUCGUGUACUUCCAGUACCUCAAGCCGCUUUUCGACGACCAGCUUAAGGCGCUUGUCAACUUUAACUUUGAACCUUUGCUCAAUUCGUUUGCUCGCUUUUCGGGCGCCUCGACCAUCUUUUCUUAUGCUGGCUCGCUUCUUUUGAAGAACCUGUUCCUGACCCAGAGAGGCGUGCCCGCUGAUGCUCCUCCUGAAUCACAGACUGCUUCUCCUGGCAGAGACGACGCGUUCCGCAAUGCCGCUCAAAACGCCGGCUUUGGCGCUGCCGCUGGCCAUAUCCAAAACUUCUCCAACCUUGCCAAAAAUUUCCAGGGCAAGCCUGAACCUUCGAAGGAAGACUUGGCCGACUACGAUAUGGUAAACACGCCAUCCCCGUCUCCUCCAGAUGCCCAGGAAGGUGUCAAGCAGAGAAACACCUCAGGCAGCAAGGAGAAGAAGCUGUGGUGGUAA